UCAGUCCCUAUUAACGUAAACCAUGAAUUUCAGAGUUAUUAACCUAAACGAUGAUUUUCAAACUCUCUCGCAUAAGCUAAACACCUCUGUGCAUGCCGAAAUAGAGUUCUUGACUACGGAUUUGUUACAUUUUCGAAAUCUGAGUAGAGUUCAAAAGAAUGAACUAAAUGUUCUAGUGAAGGGAAAAUAUGAUCAAAGAAGACUAAUGAACAUUCGGCAAUUGUCUUCUCCGGAAAGACGGGCAUUAGAAUACGGAGAUUCCAUAUUUCUUGAAAGGCCGGUGGUUCUUGGAUUGCCCGCCGGUAAUCGACAAGAUGGAAUUCUUUUGGUUCUUGAUUUUUCGGACGAUGAUGAACAAGACGAAAAUCCGGCGAUUAUUCCAAUUCCGGGCGGUGAUGAAAAAGAUGAAAUGCCGGCGGGCGGUGAUGAAAAAGAUGAAAUGCCGGCGGGCGGUGAUGAAAAAGAUGAAUUGACGGAGGUUCUUGCAGUACCGGGCGGUGAUGAAAAAGAUGAAUUGACGGAGGUUCUUGCAAAAGAUGAAAUGCCGGCGGGCGGCGAUGAAAAAGAUGAAUUGACAGAGUUUCUUGCAGUACCGGGCGGUGAUGAAAUAGAUGAAAUGGCGGAGGUUCUUGGAAUCCCGGGCGGUGAUGAAAUAGAUAAAUUGGCGGUGGUUAUGGACCAAGCCCAAUCAGAGGGCACUCUGUUGAACCAGCCCAUUGAAACGAUGGCCCAAUAUGCAGCGAGGAUAGGGGUGGAAAACCAAAAGUUUGACGGUGAUGUUUGGGACUCGUUUACAAAUUCAUUUUAAUUCCGUUUAAUAUCAAUUACUGCCGUAGCUUACUGGUAAUUGACGCCAGAGUUCGAAACCAAUUUUCAAUCUUUCUUAUUCACUUUUUAGGGUUUUAUUUGCAUUUUUUUAAUUGUUUUCAUCAGUUCAGAGGGUCAUUAGUGACGAUUUGCUUUGUGGGUUUUUCUAAUUCUAAUUCUAAUUCCAAUUCCAAUUUUCAUUAUAUUUUAUUUUUCUAGUAACUAUGAUGCGAGAUUUAGUGUUUGAAAUUUAAGAUUUAAAAUUUUCAGUUUUGAAUUUAGGGUCUAAGAUUUAGAAUUUACGGUUUGUAACUUAAUAUUAA